AUUUGUGAACUGAGUUUCAUGGGUUUCAAUUGGCCAAAAGUAACCACAACGGAGCAAUAAAACAUAGACAUGAAUCUUGUGGAUGGAUUGUCCUGAAACGCUUUUAUUUGAUUUCCAUUAAGACUCAAAUAAACGACGGCUAAGUCAUGUUUUCUGAAGAGAAUGGUAAAUGGCUUACAAAUUAGGCCAACUUCUACACGCAAGUGUAAAUGACAUAACUGAAAAAGUUAAGUGUGUCAACUUGCAGGCCCACUCCUGUCAGCGUCAGCCAAUGGGCCACCGCUGCCAAGAUGUCGCCUGACACGACCAGCUGACUCAUCAUUGUUCUGCCGCGCAUAUCCGUGCUCACGGGGGCGUCUCCUUAUUCGUUGGAUGGAUGUCGUCCUUCUGCUGGACGUCGCAAAACGACGUUUGAGGGGAAAGGCCUGGUGCCACUACAGCCGCUGAGAAGCAAACAUGUGGGAGGAGAACUUUGACAAGGAGCACAACGUGGGCCAGAAACUGGACUACUCGCCCGUGUCGUGGAAAGAGUAUUUUGAGCAAAUGGAGGACGUGAGCGUGGGUCAGACCGAUAGCCGAGACGUCUUCAGGGUUUACAAAGCGGGACGUGAGGGCCCCUUGCUGGUUCUUCUGCAUGGAGGGGGACACUCGGCCCUGUCCUGGGCCCUUUUUACCACGGCCAUUGCUGCCAGAGUGGGCUGCCAGGUGCUCGCCAUGGACCUCAGGGGACACGGUGACACUCUGGUCCGCCAAUCCGAUGACUUCUCUACUCAAACAAUGUCCAGCGACGUAGCAAACGUGGUCCAGGCCUGUCACGGCGAGAUCCCUCCUCCGGUGGUCCUGAUUGGUCACGGUGUUGGCGGCGCCAUCGCCGUGCACGUGGCCAGCAAUGCGCUGAUGCCCACCGCCGUUGGACUUGUGGCAAUCGAUGUAGUGGAGGGAAGUGCGAUGGAGGCGCUUCAUAGUAUACAGAACUUCCUGAAGGGGAGACCCAAGUCCUUCAAGUCUUUGGACCACGCCAUUGAGUGGAGCGUCAAAAGCGGACAAAUACGUAACCUGGAAUCUGCCAGAGUGUCAAUGGUUGGACAGGUCAAAAGGUGUGAGAUGGAGGAAGACGAUGUCCUGGAGCGGGCCGGACCGGCAAGGGAUGACGCGGUAGAGGACCGGAAUGAGGAGUUCUACGACCGAAGCUACGUCAACAAUGAGGAAAACACCGGCACCGGCCACUGUGACGACGAAGGCCAGGGUGUCUACAAAUGGCGUAUAGAUCUGUCCAAGUCGGAGAAGUACUGGGACGGCUGGUUUCGGGGAACCUCCAACCUUUUUUUGGCCUGCAACCUGCCCAAACUUCUGCUGUUGGCAGGAAUUGACCGACUGGACCGAGACCUGACCAUCGGUCAGAUGCAGGGUAAAUUCAUGAUGCAGGUGCUGCCACCUUGUGGUCAUGCAGUGCAAGAAGACCAACCAGACAAAGUUGCUGACGCCGUGGCCACGUUCCUCUUGCGAAACAAGUUCGCAGAAGCCCGAAAAGAAGCAAGUCCAAACUCUUCUCUUGACAACUGAAGUGCACGGAAUAGCAAAAAGACCAGCCGAAAAAUGACAACGGAUGGAUCUGCUUGCUUCAAACAACAAAAACCUCUGUCUUCGCCGCGAUGAGGUGGCACCGCCAACCAUCUAGUUCUAGAGUAUAAACAUUAAAAUAAACUGUCCACGUGAA